UCUGGCGCCGGGGCGUGGCUGGAUCUUCAGCUCCAGGUUGGAGAUCAUGGCGGCGCUUAAGGACCCAGCGCAUGUGGGGGAGGAUCUCCAGGCCCGCGCCCGGCAGGAUUCCAAGCCCCAGUGUUCUAAAGCCGCUACUGAGGGCGUCUGCCCUGGGAUCACUUUCGGCCCAGACCCCGUGUCCUGGACAAUGGGGCGUGCGCCGGGUGGAAAACCCACUUCUGCCACCUGAUAGGAUGAGGUGUGGAAGAGUGUUCCAGGCAGAGAAGCCAGCAAAGGGUUGAAGGUGAGCCUGAGUCCCUCUGACAGCAACGCGCGGAAAUACGGGCGCGGCUCCUUUAAGAAGAAACUACUAAGUCCCGCCCCUGUUCCCUUCGCCCCUUGCGGUACCGCUUGGGCGUUGCCAUGGAGAACGGCAAGGGCGGGCCAGAUGCUGGGCAGAAACUACAUUACCCAGACGACUUCAUAGGUCGGGCAUGCGGGCGCUGAGCCAAUGACAGCCCUGGAAGGGGCAGGUCCUUCGAGUACCGUCGUUGGGGGCGGGACUUCCAGCGUCGCCGUCGUUGACGUUCAUUUUGCUCUUGACGGGUCGUUGUAAAGCGCCCUUGGGAGCCUGGGCCACUUCCAGACGCCUCUUCAGAACUGGGCCGGGAAUGACAGUGAACAGGAUGAGACACAACUCCGAGCCUUUAAACCAACCGUGAGCCCCUUUAACAGGGGUGUUCACCGGGCCUGUUAGUCCCCGGCGUCUCUGCACUCCAUGUCCCCGCGUUCCCCGGCGGCGGGAUUUGGGGCCUUGGACUCAUUUUACACGGUGGAGUCUGAGGCACAGCGUGAGACAGUCAGCCCGCGGUCACCUCCCCAGGGUAGGGACGCAGUGGUGGGGGGAGGUUGAGCCAGUGGUACCCACCCUGGUCACUGCCUCUUGUGGCUGUGAGCCGCUUAUAGUCUCAGAUGGCGGCAGCGGCAUUACUGAUGGACCCGGCUCAGGGCCAGGUGACUUUUGAGGAUGUAGCUGUGUACUUCUCCUGGAAGGAGUGGGGCCUCCUUGAUGAAACUCAGAGGCAUCUGUAUCGUGAUGUGAUGCUGGAGAACUUUACACUUGUGGCCUCACUGGGACUUGCAUCUUCCAAGUCCUGUGUGGUUGCCCAACUGGAGCAGGACAAAGAGCCCUGGAUGCCUGACAGGGUGGAUGCAUCUCUAGCCACAGCAAGAGAGGCCCAGAGUGGGCCUGGCCCUGGUUAUUGCCAUGGAGCGGAAGAGGCCCCGCCUGAGCAGGGAGUUUCUAUAGAAGAAAUGUUCCAGUUUGGGACCCCUGAGGAAGGUUCUUCUACCCAGAAAGCCAAAAUCUGUGAUACGUGUGGCCCAGUCUUGAAAGACAUUUGGCACCUUGGUGAGCACCAGAGAACAUGCCCAAGCUGGAAAAUGUACACAUGUGGGACAUGGGGGAGAGGCUUCUUGAUCAGUACAAACCUUCACCAGCACCAGAAGGAGCACAGUGGAGACAAAACCUUUAGAUGGGACAAGGACACGGCUUUAUUUGUGAAGAGCUUCAAUGUCUCCCUGUUAGAGAAGCCCUUCACAUGCAGGGAGUUUGGUAAGGAUGUCCAGGACAGUCAUGACCUCCUUCAGAACCAAGCAACCCACAGUGAGGGGAAGCCAUGCAGGAGCACUGAAUAUGGAGAGGUCUUCCCACACAGGUCAAAUCUUGAGCAGCAGCAGGGAGUCCACACUGGACAGAAGCCUUUUAAGUGCAGCCACUGUGGGAAAGUCUUCCUAAAGGCCUUCACUCUCCUCAACCACCUGAUAACUCACCCUGAAGAAAGACGCUGUAGGUGCCCAACAGGUGGAAAUGCCUUCAAGGAGAAAUCAGCCCUUGUUUAUCGCCAAAAAUCCCAUACUGGAGAAACAUCCCAUGUAUGUAAGGAUUGUGGAAAGGCCUACAGUUACCUGUCUCUACUGAAAAUGCAUCAGAAAGUUCACACUGGAAAAACCCAUUACAAGUGCAAUCAGUGUGGGAAAGCCUUCACUCGUAAGCACUCACUGAGCCAGCACCAGAGAAUUCACACUGGAGAAAGACCUUACGAGUGCACACAGUGUGGGAAAGCCUUCACUCGCAACUUCCAUGUCGUUCGGCACCAGAAAGUUCAUAACACAGAAAGGCCUUAUGAAUGCAGACAGUGCCGGAGAGUCUUUAGCUGUAUCUCCAGCUUCAUUCAGCACCAGAAAAUACACACUGGAGAAAGGCUUUAUGAGUGCAGUGAAUGUGGGAAAGCUUUCAUUAACAGCUCCCACCUUGCUCGGCACCAGAAAGUUCACAACACAGAAAGGCCUUAUGAGUGCAGUGAAUGUGGAAAAGUCUUCCGUCAGACUUCCAAACUUGUUCUGCAUCAAAGGAUUCACACUGGCGAGAGACCUUAUAAGUGCAGUCAAUGUGGGAAGGCUUUCAGUUGCCCCUCCAACCUCGUUCCACACCAGCGAAUUCAUACUGGAGAAAGGCCUUAUGAAUGCUCGGAAUGUGGGAAAGCCUUCAGUCAAAGCUCUGCCCUUAUUCAGCACCAGAAAGUUCAUACUAGAGAAAGGCCUUAUGAAUGCAGUGAAUGCGGGAAAACCUUCAGCUAUAGCUCUAACCUUGCUAAGCACCGGAAAGUUCACACUGGAAAAAGGCCUUAUGAGUGUGCCCAGUGUGGAAAGGCCUUCAGUGAAAGUUCUAUCCUUAGUCAGCACCAGAGAGUUCACACUAAGGAAAGGCCUUAUGAGUGCAACAAAUGUGGUAAAGCUUUCCGCUACAGCUCUAACCUUUCUAAGCACCAGAAAGUUCAUACUGGAAUAAAAGCUUUAUGAAUGCAGUGAACACGGGAAAACUUUUCAGCCUCAUUCAGCACCAGAAAGGUCACACCAGAGAAAGGCUGUAGGAGUGCAGUGAAUGUCCAAAAGUAGUUAGCUGUGACUUUCUCCUUGUUCAGCAUAAAAGGGCUCACUCCUAAGAAAAGUUCUAUGAGGAACUUUAGUGAAGAUGCCAUCAGCCAAAAAUGGAAACUUGUACAUCCCAUACCUCACUGGAGAGAUUGUCCAUGAGUGCCAGGUACGUGUAAAACUUUCAGGAGCAACACUAUUUUCUAACCUGCCCAGGUCCUUUGUCAGAUAUAUCACUGACAGUGCCUGUGGCAGAUGCCGUGUCACCCUACCAUUUGGUAGUUCUCCACAGCAUGUGCCUAUCAUCUCAACAUACUCGGGGAAGGCAGACCUCUGUGCUUGCUUUUUGAUUUUGGAGGGAACCAUGAGCGAUGUGAGCCCUUUGGAGUGAUUUUAUUUCUCAGCUUUCCCCUGUUCCCAAGAUUCAGGUAUUGCCCUGACCUGGUUCUGUCCGUGAGAAUCUGAACUGGAGUCUGCUGAAGACUCCCAGAGAAGGUUUCUUCUCUUCAUGGGAGUUGUGGAGUCCAUAGAUGACACCUGCAGUGGGUUUGUCGAGCCACCAAAUACCCAGCCUUGGAACCACCUGCCUUACACUGCUCCAGAGUGUAUAAUAAUAAAGGCCUUAUUGUUUAAACCGUCUUUAAUCCUGGAGGCUCCAUCAUUGUGUGGGGCUAGGGGUUGAGGACAGAAUUAGGCUCAGCCAGUGUGAAGUGGUAAAGGGCUGUGGGGCUGGGGGGAAGCACUUAAUAUGCUUCAUAGGGGACCUCAGGAUGACAGGAAACAGCUUUCAGUCUAGUUUAACCUAAUUUGCUUUGUAGCCCAAAGCCUCCCGGGAAAGACUGAAGGUCUCUGUGGUUCAGAUCUUGUGUCCUGGAUGCCAGGACUAUCUACUAGACUCAGAGUUUACCCCAAGAAAUAAGUAUUUGGUGUAGCAAUCUCCACUAGUUCUUGAACCAAGAAGAGUUGGGUCCCUUGUUCCCAAGGAACUUUGGGAAUCUUCUGCAGUGUUGUACAGUGGCUAUUUCCUUUUACCUGCCCGUGAAGUCUAGAGUCCACAGGCAGAUGCCACUGACAGUAAGAUCUAUAGGGCCAAGUUGGAACCAUAAGUGAGUACAGAAACACUGGGCUUGAGGUCAUAGGGAGUGAGGGGGACUACAGCAAACAAGAGGAGUCCAGUAGUGUCCUUAAGCCAGAUCAUACGCACCCACAGUUGUCAGUUGUGUUCAGCUCCACAUUCAGUGACAUCACAUUGCAUGCGUCAUAGCUCAGGUGCUGGAGCAGUUGUAGCUGCCUAUGUAGCUGGGGCACAUCCCUCUAGUUUUCCACUUUCUGUAGUCUUCCCCUCCCUCUCAUCUACUCAUCUAAGGCACUUGCGAGGCCACCGUAGGUCUUAUAUUUGGUGACAUCUGCCUAUUGGGGUCCAGGCUCAGGAUCAUGACUCUGGCUUGGUCCCAGCAGACAGCGUCUCCUCAACUUUUAUGGGGAAUAUUAGACAUUCUCUAGCAGUAAGGGACCAAUUGCCUCUUGCUCCCAAGCAACUUGACAGUCUUAGACUAACAAUAUCUUUCUUCAGAAUUAAUGGAGUCCAGGGGUCACAACUUUCAGCCUAUAGUAUUCUUCAGUUUAACAGGAGACCCUGUAGCAGCAAUGCAAAUAAGGUUACAAGUGAGCAGAGAGCCAGGCCCUGCAUGCCUAGAGUUCACUUUGAGUCAGACAUGAUAGAGGGUCCCUCAAACACCAUUCACCACACUUCAUGCUAGCAGAACUACUUUUUACAUCAACCCGCCCCACAUAAUAAACAGAUCCCCAAAGACUGAAGUAAGCUUGAAUCCAAAAUAAAGCUUGAAUCCAAAAUAGUAAGGUUUAAAUAUUACAACCUUUAUCAUCAGACAAGGAGGCCUGGUGACGGAGUGAUUAAGCAUGUGGCUGCUAACUGAAAGGUCAGUGGUUCUAAUCCAUCAGCUGCUCCAUGGGAGAAAGACCUGGCAAUCUGCUUCUGCAAAGAUAACAGCGUUGAAAACCCUACGGAGCAAUUCUGAUCUAUCAUCUAGGAUCGCUGUGAGUUGGAAUUGACUCAAAGGCAAUGGGUUUGGUUUUCAAUGGGUAUCAGUCCAGAGUGAUUCAAGGUAGGUUGUUUAAAGGUUCAGUGAUUCAGAGUAUGGUAGCAGAAAAAUGCCCCCCCCAAAGAUGUCAUGUUCUCAUCCUCAGAGGAUAUAUUUUGUUACAUGGCAAAAGGGACUUUGCAGAUGUGAUUAAGUUAAGCGUCUUGAGAUGGAGAAAUUCUGGAUUAUCCAGGUGGGCCCAGUAUAAUCACAAGGGUUCUUAAAAGUGGAAGUGGGGGGCAGGAGAGGAGGUCAGACUAAUGUGAUGUGAGAACUUGACCUACUGUUACUGACUGUGGAGAGGGAGGAAGGGGCCAGACAGAAGCCAGUGAAUUUAGGCAGCUUCUAGAAGCUGGGAAAGGCAAGGAAACAGAUUAUCCCCUGGAGCCGCCAGAAAGGAACACAGCCCUUGAUUUUAGCCCAGUGAGACCCAUGUCAAACUUCUAUGUAAGUGUAAGAAUAAAUUUGUUAUAAGUCACUAAGUUUGUGGUAAUUUGUUACAGAAGCAAUAAAAACUAAUAUAUAAAGGUUGAUCAAAUCCAUCACAGAUGUGAUAUGCAAAUGGCAACAUCUGUGAUGAGGAAACCUCCAGAAUUCAUCAGACUCCCACUCAGGAUCCCUGUUCAACUCAUGACCUCUUGGGUCAUGCCCAUCAUGGCCAUGCCUAAUCUGGACAUUGGAAGGAUGAAGCCAGGGGACUGUAAUUCUUGAGUAAAUGGGGCAUGAAAGCCCCAUGAUUCGGGGCAUCCCAGCAGGUGGAUUGAAGACAGCUCUGCCACAGUUCUCUCAGCCAGACAGAAAAUAUAACAAAGUCCCUGGAAGCUUUCCCACAUACAUGACACUCCUGGGAUAUUUUCCCAGUGAGGGUGUUCUGGUCCAUGAGAUGCCACAUCUGGCUGAGGGCUGUCUCAGAAAUGUUCCUCUCUUACUUCUCUCAAAUGUGGGUCUUUUUAUGCUGACAGUGUCACAGCACCAGUCAAAGGUGUUUCUGGAUCAUGUGCCUUUCUCUGAUGUGACCUCUGGUGCCAGACAAAUGUCCAUUGGUUGUCCAAUUGGCUCAAGGUUUCACACAUUUGCAGCACUCCUUAGCAGAGUUUUGAAUACUCCAGUGUUGGCUGAGAUCAGAACUAUAGCUGUAGGCUUUCCAGCGUUUGCUGUACUAAAACGGUUUUCGCCAGUGUAAACUGUCUAGUGUCUGUCCAGCACUGAGAAGGGUCUGAAAUUUUAUCCUAUGGGCAAGCUAACAAAUUAGCCUGAUGAGUAAGUAUUAGAGCCAGAGUUAGAACCUCCAGUAUAGGUGCAGAACCCAGGCUCUUAACCACUGUACUAACUCUAGUCCUUGACUCAUAUGGUUGUAGGAAAGAUAAAACAAGUGACUAUAGCCAGAACUGGUACACAGUAAGCACUCAAUAAAUAUUUCUUGCUGUUAUUUCAUUAAUGUCAUGGCUGUUAUUAUUUGAUUGAUGAAUAUGAAUUUUUCUAUGUAAUAAGAUGGAGGGGUGGUGAGACCAGCACAGGGUAGUAUAUGAACAGAGGCCUGGAGGCUGACAGCCUGGGCCUUUAUAGACAAACAUCCUCUGUGGCAGAGAGGGGCUGAGUGGGCUGGACUGGUGAAACCAGGGAUGAAGGGAGGGGCCGAAGUCUGGAGGGCCUUCCAAAUCCCCUUUCAGGUUGGGCUUUCAGCAAAGGGAAUUGGGAACCCAAGGAUAACACAUUCUACAUCCCCCAGAGGCAGACUGGCAGCAACUGAAGGACUAGGGCCAAGGCAAAUUGCAGAGCCAGUCCCUCUCCAGGAGGCACUGCUGUCAAUACAUCAGCCACUGUGGCUGGCUCCCUCAGAUUCUUUAGAGGAGCCUCAAAUCCAGAUAUUGCUGUGAAGUGACCUAACUUCUGUAUGAUGGAAUCCUAACAUUUUGAGUAUUUAACAAAAUAUGGGGAGCCUCGAAACCAACUGAAACCUUGGGUUGGAGCUGGAUUUCCAAGAGGGUCCUGGAAGGAGUGAAAGCCUGAGGGGGCUGAGAGGGCCAGGUCUUAAGAGCAAUGGGCUGUCACCAGACUGGGAGCUAAUAGGCCAGGGACUCUGGGGAGAAAGACAGAGUGGGGUGGUCAGAAUGCCUGUGACAAAACAUUUCCAGGGACAAAUUAGUGGAUGGCUGGGGUCAGGCCUCAGUCCAGGCAUACAGGCAAAGAGGGUAGUGAGAAUGAUAUCUCCAGCUGAAUUUUUUGGUAGAAACUGACAAGCUGAUCCAAAAAAUUAUAUUGACAAGCCAGACUCGGCAAAAAUAGUUGUACAUCAUAUAUCUGAUAAAGAGUUUGUAACCAGAAUAUAUAAACAACUUGUACAACUCAAUUACAAGGAGACAACCCAAUUUAAAAUGGGCAAAAGAUUCAAAUAGCGAUUUCAUUUAAAAAGAUGCACAGAUGGCUAAUAAGCAUACAGAAAGAUGCCCAACUUCAUUAUUCAUUCAACCCAAACCAAACCCAUUGCCAUCAAGUCAAUGCUGACUCAUAGAGACCCUAUAGGACACAGUAGAACUGAUCUGUAGGGUUUCCAAGGAGCGGCUGGUGGAUUCAAACUGCCAACCUUUUGGUUAACCACUGCUAUAACCAGGGUGUUCAGAUUUAAACCCCAUUGACAUACCAUUUCAUACCCACUAGAAUGAAUCACAUUGAAAAGACAAUACCAAGUGUUGGCAAGGAGGUGGAGAGACGAAUCCACCUACAUUGCUGGUGGGAAUGUAAAAUAGUGCAGUCACUUUGGAAGAGUUUGGCAGUUUUUUAAAGAGUUAACCUUACCUCGUGACCCAGCAGUUCCACUCGUACAAAUCUAUCCAAGAAAAAUGGAAAUAUGUCCACACAAAGAUUUAUAAGUGAAUGUUCAUAUUAUUCAUAAUAGCCAAAAACUGGGAACAAUCCCAAAGCCAUCAAAUGGUGAUAUAUAAUGAAAAUGUGGUACAGUCAAUCUUCAUUUGUGGAUUCUGUAUUUGUGAAUUUGUUCACUUGCUAAAAUUUAUUUGUAACUCCAAAAUCAAUAGUCAUGGUGCUUUCACAAUCAUUCCUGGACAUGAUAUAAAAACAUACAAAUCAGAAAAAAAAGUUUAAUUCUUCUUUGAAAAAAACAGAAGAGACUUCCCCCUUACUUUUUCUUAAGGCAUUUACUUUAGAAAACUUCUAAGUUCUUUCUCUGCUUCUUUGAAAUGUAUGUAAAGCUUUUUAAAGGCUAAAUAAGCCUCUUGCCAAUUUUACAAACCAGGAAUGUUUCCUCAGGGACCUGGAAGCCACCCUUUUGAAAUGGUAACAAUCCAGGAAGAUAACAUCCUUCUCCCCUGCCCCCAGUUUCCUGGGAAGAUAGGAGCCUAACUUCUGCUCGUGCGUGGCUCCAAGUAGCCAAUCUACCUCCAGUAAUAAAGGUAACAACAACACAGAAUUGCUGUCUAGUCACUUCCAACUCAUAGCAAACUUAUAGGACGGAGUAGAACUGCCCGUAGGGGUUCCAAGCAGCAGCCAGUGGACUGGAACUGCUGACCUUUUGGUUAGCAGCCUGAGCUCUUAACCACUGGGCCACCAGGACUCCAGUAAUAAAGAUACGAGAAUUUUAUUUUUUCCACUUGGAUAAAGGCAAUUAGCAAACACAAGUGGCUAUCCCAAUUAGCAGGUGAAUUUAGCAUGAACAACAUGACAUCAUGCUGUCUAGUGCUCUUACUUGAGAACCAGUUAUUUAUCUUAAGAACAUGUGAAAUGGGUUGCAUCUGUUUGGCAACAUAAAGGAUAAAUUCCUGUCUUUGCAAUCUCUUGAACAGAUUGCCUGCGUUCUGUUUUAAUGCUUCCAAAAAAAACCCAAACCCAUUGCCAUCGAGUCAACUCUGACUCAUACUCAUAGUGACCCUAUAGGACAGAGUAGAACUGUCCCCAUAGGUUUUCCAAAGAGUGCCUGGUUUAAUGCUUACUUAAUAAAAUUUUCUUUCUCUUCUACUUUUUUGGAGAAUCUGCCAUGGGUUGGCAGGAGAUUUUACUUUUAAUUAUGCUUCCCCAACAAAGCGCAGAGCAGCGAAAAUUUUGAGUUGCUUUGUUCCCAGCCGAGGUUGAACAAGGCAACACUCUGCCUUCUUGUUUGAGUUUUCACAGUCUAAACAAGCGUCCUGCCUUUUUGCAGUCUAUUUAGUGCCGUGUUUUUUACAUUGUGCUUCUGCUGGGAAUUUCAUUGUUUAAAGUGGCCCCCAAGCAUAGUGCUUCAUUGCUGUCUAGUGUUUCUAAAUGCAAAAGGGGCUGUCAUGUGCCUUAUGGAGAAUAUAUGUGUGUUAGGGAAGCUGUGUUCUAGCAUAAGUUAUAGUGCUGGUGGCCAUCAGUUCAAUAUUAAUGAAUUAACAAUAUAUCUUGAAAAAGGUGCCUUUAAACAGAAACACACAUAAAAUAAUGUAUUAAUCAGUUGAUAAAAAUGUUGUGACCAGAGUCUCACCAGAACCUAUUCCUGUAUUUCUCUUAGAGUAGUGGUUCAGUAUUCACUAAUCCAUUAUUCACAGCAGCGUUAUCAAACAUAAGUAACGUGAAUGAGGAAAAUUGCAUAUCCAUACAAAGGAAUAUUAUUCAGUAAUAAAAGGGAACAAAGUACUGACACGUGAUAUGACAUGUAUGAAACUCAAAAAUAUUAUGCCAAGUGAUAGAAGCUAGACACAAAAGGCCACAUAUUGUAUGAUUUCACUGAUGUGAAAUGUCCAGAAAAGAAAAAUCUAUGUAGACAGAAGUAGGUUAACGGUUGCCUGGGAAUGGAUUUCAGUUGUAAAUAUGUCCAAAGGAACUUUUUGGGGGCAGUGGAAAUGUGAUCAUGGUUGCACAACUCUUUAACAAUCUACUAAAAAUCACUAAAUUGUACACUAACAAUGGGUGAAUUUUAUGAUAUGUAAAUUAUACCUCAAUAAAGCUGUUUAAAACAAAGCAAAACAAAAAGACUGUGGGCUCUUCCUUUUCACAGUCCCCGAGUUUCUGAUCCCAUGUUGAUAGCCACAAGUACCCAGCUCAUUAGAAGAUGGCAGGAAUGCAUAAAGCCAUUAGUAUAGCUACCUGGCCAACCAACUGGAAGGGAUCAUAUUUCUGCCCAUUCCAAAAAAAGGCAAUGCAACAGAAUGUGGAAAUUAUCAAACAAUACAAAUAAUAUCAAAUGCAAGUAAAAUUUUGUUGAAGAUAAUUCAAAAGCAGUUGCCACAGUACAUUGACAAGGAACUUAAAGAAAUUCAAACCAGAUGGAGAAGAGGAUGUGGAACAAGGGAUAUUAUUGCUGUCAGAUGGAUCUUGGCUGAAAGCAGAGGCUACCAGAAAGAUGUUUGCUCUGUUUUGCUGACUAUGCAAAAGGAUUCAACUCUAUGGAUUAUGACAAAUUAUGGAUAACAUUGUGAAGAAUGGUAAUUCAAGAACAUUUAAUUGUGCCCAUAAGGAACUUGUACAUAAACCAAGAAGCAGUCCUUCAAACAGGACAAGGGGAUGUUACGUGGUCUAAAAUCAGGAAGUGUGUGCAUCAGUAUUAUAUCCUUUCACUAUACUUACUCAGUCUGUAUGCUGAGCAAAUAAUCUGAAAAUCUGGACUAUAUGAAGAGCACAGCAUCAGGACUGGAGGAAGACUCAUUAACAAACUGACAUGCAGAUAACACAACCUUGCUGAGUGAGGAGGACUUGAAACACUUAUUGAUGAAGAUCAAAGACUACUGCCUUCAUUAUGAAUUACAUCUCGACAUAAACAAAAAUCCUCAAAACUGGACCAAUAAGCAACAUCAUGAUAAAUGGAGAAAAUACUGAAGUUGUAAAGGAUUUUAUGUGGAUCUACAACGCCCAUGGAAGCAGCAGUCAAGAAAUCAAAUGACAUAUUGCAUUAGGCAAUCUGCUGCAAAAGACCCCUUUAAAGUGUUAAAAAGCAAAGAUUCACUUUGAGGACUAGGGUUUGCCUGAUCCAAGCUAUGGUAUUUUCAGUUGUCUCAUAGGCAUUUGAAUGCUGGACAAUGAAUAAGGAAGACUGAAGAAGAAUUGAUGCCUUUGAGUUAUGGUGAUGGUGAAGAAUAUUGAAUAUACCAUGGACUGCCAGAAGAACAAACAAAUCUGUCUUGGAAGGACAGCCAGAAUGCUCCUUAGAAGUGAGGAUGGCACGACUCUGUCUCACCUAUUUUGGACAUGUUAUCGGGAGGGACCAGUCCCUGGAGGACAUCAUUCUUGGUAAAGUAGAGGGUCAGCAAAAAAGAGGAAGACCCUCAAGAAGAUGGAUUGACACAGUGCCUGCAACAAUGGGUUUAAACAUAGCAAUGAUUAUGAGUGUGGCUCAGGGACUGGGAAGUGUUUUGUUCUGUCGUACAUAGGAUCACUUUGAGUCAGAACUGACUCGACAGCACCUGACAACAACAUAGCUGUGGGAGACAUACAGAUCUGUGGGCCUCUAGACACUCUGCAUACCUUCAUCCCACAGGGACCCAUUAUCAAAGAAGCUAGCACAUCCUAUUUCCUCAUACCCAAUGUUUCCUCAUCCACUUAGAAUAGUCACUGGGCCCUUGUAUGAAUACUACUGUGUGACAUGCUACCUGGGCCUUGCCUCCAGAGGGCUUGACUUCAGGCCCAGGUGAACAGCUUCCUUUCAACAUUGCUGGGGAUAGACAUCCCCUGGCCCAGAGACAACCAUCCUGUUUGUCCCAGACCAACCUUCUCCAGGUGAGUUCCAGGAUGGGAUUCAGAACACAGAGCCUUUCAUUCUUUCCCAGGGGACAUGAGGUAGAUAUGCAAAGUGGGACACAAUUGGACCAAGA